UAUGCUGACAAGAUUCAUGAUAAACUAAAAGCUAUCAAAUUAGUUUGUGGUAUUUUAUCUGUACCAGCUGAUCAACCCUUACAGAAGCAAAUGGAGGAUAUGACUAGACAUGGUGUAUUAUAUGCUAUUGUUAUUAAUUCUCAAAAUGAAAUACAUUCUUCAGUUAUAUUGAACAUAUUACAUGGUACUCCACAAGAACACAGAAAUAUGCCACUAGAGGAUGCCAUUGCUCUUAUCAGCAAGACUUUUGAAGCAUAUUUGAAAGAAAGAAGUGAGAAGUUGAGAGCUACUGCUCUUCCUCCUACUGCUGUAGCAGCACCUUUUAUACCACCCACUUCUGACGUCUCCUAUUUAUUGAACCUUCUUGCUGAUAAUAGACAAUUAACUGUCAUAGAAUUAGAGAAAGUUAUUGUUUAUCUUAAGAGUAGAAGGGAUAAAAUGUUAGAAGCUGAAGGUCGUCAACUGCCUAAUGAGAAUGGUAAGUUGAAAUUAAACAAACAAGAGCAAGAAGAAUUAAAGACUAAAAUAUUGAGUAUAUUAAAUGGAGGGGGUACAGCACCAGCCAAUGCUCCUGCAAGUUAUGGUGAUCGUGCAGUUAAAAUGGAACAACCAUCUCCUGUUGUCCAACAGCGACCCAAUCCCUCUAUGAUAAACUUUGAUAGUCCUAGUGUUCAGCAAGCUUUAGAUAAUCUUAUUCAAUCUGGCCCAAAUCUAUUAAAGAAUAUUUCACCUGGU